UGGCUUUUUGAGGUGUUUUGGGUCAGCUGGAUGGGGGAGGAGGAAGUCUUGCACCGUGUGACGAACAGCACACGCAGGCGGUGAGGCAGGCAGUGGACGUGGAUGCUCUGUUGGUUGCUGAAUCCACAUCUCUCCACACUAGCACCAUGGGAGAGCUUCAUUAGCGCUCAGCCUUUUUCGGCGUCCGAGCUGCUGCUGCAUCCUGCAUGCUUGCUUAUUACCGGAGCCGAUGAAUUUACAAGCGUCGUUUGAGAGCCAGCCUGCGUUCGUCGCCCUGCAAAGCUGUGGAGCAGCGAUACCGAGCGGCUAAAGUCUGCUGUGUGAACACACACACACAUACACAAAAGAGGCAAACUAUGCCAGCAGCAACAGAGUCACUCCCCCUGGUGACUUGCCAGCUCAUUGGUCAGACCAUUGUGCGCCCCACUAGCGUCCCUGUCCACACUGGCAGAUCCAUGCUGCUGGAUGCUCCUCACAGAGCCACACCCGCACCAUGAGCGCCAACGGGCCCACCCCAGACCCAGCCCCGACAGCCCCAGAAGCCCCUCCGGCUUCGACUCCUGCCGCUGCUCCGGCCCCGGCUCCAGCUCCAGCUCCGGCUCCAGCACCAGCUGCUCCGCCUGCCCCGCCUGCCCCGCCUGCCCCGCCUGCCCCUUCAUCCUCGACCAUCCCGGUGGGUGCGUUGGCACAGAAGAAGCGGCAGCAGUAUGCCAAAAGCAAGAAGCAGGGCAGUAACGCCAACAGCAGGCCGCCGAGGGCUCUGUUCUGCCUCAACCUCAACAACCCCAUACGUAGGGCCUGCAUCAGCCUGGUGGAGUGGAAGCCAUUUGAUAUCUUUAUACUCAUCGCUAUUUUUGCCAACUGUAUGGCCUUAGCUGUCUACGUUCCUUUCCCCGAAGACGAUUCCAACUCCACCAACCACGACCUGGAGACAGUGGAGUAUGCCUUCCUCAUCAUUUUCACAAUCGAGACCUUUCUGAAGAUUAUCGCUUACGGUUUGGUGAUGCAUCAAAAUGCCUACGUGAGAAACGGUUGGAACAUGCUGGAUUUCGUCAUCGUGGUCAUCGGACUCUUCAGUGUGGUCUUGGAGAUUCUGACCAAAGAUGAGAAGGCAGACGGUGAAGGAGAGGAGAGCCACCCGUCCAUGCACGGUCACGGUGGUAAACCCGGCGGAUUUGACGUGAAAGCCCUUCGAGCCUUCCGUGUGCUGCGACCCCUGCGGCUGGUCUCAGGAGUACCCAGUUUACAAGUGGUGUUGAACUCCAUCAUUAAAGCCAUGGUCCCUCUCCUUCAUAUUGCCCUCCUGGUCUUGUUUGUCAUCAUCAUCUAUGCUAUUAUUGGCCUGGAGCUUUUCAUCGGGAAAAUGCACGCAACCUGUUAUCUUCCUGGCUCAGACAUGUUAGCAGAGGAGGAUCCCGCUCCAUGUGCGAUCUCAGGGCACGGGCGGCAAUGCCCCAUCAAUGGUACCGAGUGCAGGGAAGGCUGGCAAGGCCCCAACGGUGGCAUCACCAACUUUGACAACUUCCUGUUUGCUAUGCUGACGGUGUUCCAGUGCAUCACCAUGGAGGGCUGGACGGACGUGCUGUACUGGAUGAACGAUGCUAUGGGCUUUGAGCUUCCAUGGGUGUACUUUGUCAGUCUUGUGAUCUUCGGCUCCUUUUUUGUUCUUAAUCUGGUUUUGGGUGUGUUGAGCGGAGAGUUCUCCAAGGAGAGAGAGAAGGCCAAAGCUCGUGGAGACUUCCAGAAGCUGCGUGAGAAGCAGCAGCUGGAGGAGGACCUGAAGGGCUACCUGGACUGGAUCACUCAGGCUGAAGACAUCGACCCUGACAACGAGGACGAGGCGGACGAGGAGUGUAAACGCAACCGGGUGACUCUGGCUGACCUUACUGAGAAGAAGAAAGGAAGGUUUGGGUGGUUCAGCCAGUCGUCCGACACUCAUGCGAGCGUUCCAGCCAGCGAAACAGAAUCUGUCAACACGGAGAACCAAAACGGGGAGGAUGAAAAGACACCAUGCUGCGGACCACUGUGUCAAAAAAUUUCCAAGUCAAAGUUCAGUCGGCGCUGGCGCCGCUGGAACAGGUUCUGUCGCAGAAAGUGCCGUUUGGCUGUCAAAUCGGUGCCUUUCUACUGGCUGGUCAUCAUCUUGGUUUUCCUCAACACGCUCACCAUAUCGUCAGAGCACUAUAACCAACCUUUGUGGCUGACACAGGUGCAGGAUGUGGCCAACAAGGUGCUGUUAGCCCUGUUCACUUGCGAGAUGUUGGUGAAGAUGUACAGUCUGGGCCUGCAGGCCUACUUUGUGUCGCUCUUCAACCGCUUCGACUGCUUUGUGGUGUGUGGAGGAAUCACUGAGACCAUCCUGGUGGAGCUGGAGAUCAUGUCACCCCUCGGCAUCUCCGUGUUCCGCUGCGUGCGCCUGCUGAGAAUUUUCAAGGUCACACGUCACUGGCAGUCGCUCAGCAACCUGGUGGCUUCCCUCCUCAACUCCAUGAAGUCCAUCGCUUCCCUGCUGCUGCUGCUCUUCCUGUUCAUCAUCAUCUUCUCCCUGCUGGGCAUGCAGGUCUUUGGUGGCAAGUUCAACUUUGACGAGACCCAAACCAAGAGGAGCACCUUUGACAACUUCCCCCAAGCGUUACUCACGGUCUUUCAGAUCCUGACCGGAGAAGACUGGAAUGCUGUGAUGUACGACGGGAUCAUGGCGUACGGAGGUCCUUCGUCUUCGGGGAUGAUUGUGUGCUUUUACUUCAUCAUCCUCUUCAUCUGCGGAAAUUAUAUCCUCCUGAAUGUCUUCUUGGCUAUCGCUGUGGACAACUUGGCAGAUGCAGAGUCUCUCAACACAGAUGAAGGAGACAAGAAAGGGGACAAAAAGGAUGAGAAAGAUGAGAAGGAGGAAGAGGAGGACAACGACGACAUUGCGGCAGAGGAGGAAGACCCGGAAGUGCCAUCAGGACCUCGGCCGGCCAUCUCCGACUUGGUAAAGAAGGAGAAGAUAACGCCGAUCCCAGAGGGAAGUGCCUUCUUCAUCUUCAGCAACACUAACCCGGUUCGCGUGUUUUGCCACAAGCUCAUCAAUCACCACAUCUUCACCAACCUCAUCCUGGUGUUCAUCAUGCUCAGCUCCGUCUCGCUCGCCGCGGAGGAUCCCAUCCGAAACUUCUCCGCUCGCAAUAUUAUACUUGGUUACUUUGACUAUGCUUUCACGGCUAUCUUUACUGUUGAGAUCGUUUUGAAGGUCCUAGGCUAUGCAGAUUAUGUCUUCACUAGUAUGUUUACAUUUGAGAUCAUAUUGAAGAUGACAACAUACGGAGCUUUUCUCCAUAAAGGAGCUUUCUGCAGGAAUUACUUCAACCUUCUGGACUUGUUAGUAGUGGGAGUGUCUUUAGUCUCCUUUGGCAUACAGUCAUCUGCCAUCUCAGUGGUGAAGAUUCUCAGGGUCCUUCGUGUUCUGAGACCCUUGAGAGCCAUCAACCGAGCCAAAGGCCUGAAGCACGUGGUGCAGUGUGUGUUUGUGGCCAUCAGAACCAUCGGUAACAUCAUGAUUGUCACCACUCUGCUCCAGUUCAUGUUUGCCUGCAUCGGGGUGCAGCUCUUCAAGGGAAAGUUUUAUCGCUGCACAGAUGAAGCCAAGUCUAGCCCAGAGGAGUGCAAAGGCACCUACAUCCUGUACAAGGAUGGCGAUGUGAACCAGCCCACCAUCCACAAACGAGUGUGGCACAACAGCGACUUCAACUUUGACAAUGUGCUCAUGGCCAUGAUGGCUCUCUUCACUGUGUCCACCUUUGAAGGCUGGCCUGCGUUACUUUACAAGGCCAUCGACUCCAACAGGGAGAACCUGGGCCCUAUUUACAACUACCGUGUGGAGAUCUCCAUCUUCUUCAUCAUCUACAUCAUCAUCAUCGCCUUCUUCAUGAUGAACAUCUUCGUUGGUUUUGUGAUCGUCACGUUUCAGGAGCAAGGAGAGAAAGAGUACAAAAACUGUGAACUUGACAAGAACCAGCGUCAGUGUGUGGAGUACGCCUUGAAGGCCCGUCCUCUGAGGAGGUACAUCCCCAAGAACCCUUACCAGUACAAGUUCUGGUAUGUGGUAAACUCCACUGGCUUUGAGUACAUCAUGUUUGUGCUCAUCAUGCUCAACACACUCUGCCUGGCGGUACAGCACUACGGCCAGUCGGCGCUCUUUAACUAUGUCAUGGACAUCCUCAACAUGGUCUUCACGGCUGUUUUCACUGUGGAAAUGGUUCUCAAGCUCAUUGCUUUUAAACCCAGGCACUAUUUCGCUGAUGCUUGGAACACUUUUGAUGCCUUAAUUGUCGUCGGUAGCGUCGUCGACAUUGCUAUUACUGAAGUGAACCCAACAGAGACUCCUCAGGUGGAUGAACAGGGGAACACGGAGGACAGCGCCCGCAUCUCCAUCACCUUCUUCCGUCUCUUCCGGGUCAUGCGGCUUGUCAAGCUGCUCAGCAGAGGGGAGGGCAUCCGAACUCUCCUUUGGACCUUCAUCAAAUCCUUCCAGGCUCUGCCGUACGUCGCUCUUCUGAUAGCAAUGCUGUUCUUCAUCUAUGCUGUCAUUGGGAUGCAGGUCUUUGGGAAGAUUGCGAUGGUGGAUGGCACGCACAUCAACAGAAACAACAACUUCCAGACCUUCCCUCAGGCCGUGCUCCUCCUCUUCAGGUGUGCCACUGGGGAGGCGUGGCAGGAGAUCAUGUUGGCCUGCAUGCCGGGGAAACUAUGUGACCCCGAGUCGGACUACAACCCUGGCGAGGAGAUGACAUGUGGCAGCGGAUUUGCAAUAGUUUACUUCAUCACCUUCUAUAUGCUGUGCGCCUUCCUAAUUAUCAAUUUGUUUGUGGCCGUCAUCAUGGACAACUUUGACUACCUGACAAGGGAUUGGUCCAUCCUCGGUCCACACCACCUGGAUGAAUUCAAGAGAAUUUGGUCAGAGUACGACCCAGAGGCCAAGGGAAGAAUUAAGCAUCUUGACGUGGUAACACUUCUUCGAAGAAUCCAGCCGCCUCUUGGCUUUGGCAAACUGUGCCCUCACAGAGUGGCUUGCAAGAGGCUGGUGGCGAUGAAUAUGCCUCUGAACAGCGACGGCACAGUCAUGUUUAACGCUACUCUCUUCGCACUGGUGCGAACAGCCUUGAAGAUAAAAACCGAAGGUAAUCUCGAACAAGCCAACGAGGAGCUUCGAGCUGUCAUCAAGAAAAUCUGGAAGCGAACCAGUAUGAAGCUGCUGGAUCAAGUGGUGCCGCCUGCUGGUGAUGAUGAGGUAACCGUGGGGAAGUUCUAUGCCACCUUCCUGAUACAGGACUACUUUAGGAAAUUCAAGAAACGUAAAGAGGAAGGCCUGGUGGGUGCGCACCCCUCCCAGAACAGCACGGCCAUCGCACUGCAGGCUGGCCUCCGCACGCUCCAUGAUAUUGGGCCAGAAAUACGCCGAGCGAUAUCAUGUGACCUGCAGGACGACGAGCUAGUAGACUUUAUACCAGAGGAAGACGAGGAAAUUUAUAGGCGUAACGGUGGACUCUUUGGCAACCACCUCAUGAACGGAGGUCAUCGGCGGUCCACCAGCCACCAGACCAACGCCACCCAGCGUCCCCUGCAAGUGCAGCCGCCCCCUCACUAUGCUCACAUGGAGCAACCAGUGGGGCGGCUGUCCCGAGCCAACGCCAUGUCCCACGGCAACCACCGUCAUCACCACCACCACCAUCACCACCACCACCGCCACCACAACAACUCCUACGGCAAGUCUCUCAAAUCCACCAACAUCAAUCUCAACAACGCCAACAAGUCUGGUCUUCCCAACGGGGGGCACCAUCGCUACUACCAACACGCUCCUCCCAAUGGCUACCCGGGUCAUCGGGGCUCCUACUAUGACUAUGAAAAGCCCCGCACUCCACAAGCUCAAAGAAGGCGCUACUAUGAGACCUAUGUUAGGUCCAACGGAGGAGAUAGACGCCACCCCACCAUCCGCAGAGAGGAGGAGUUUGAUGAUGACCGCCUGUCUGGCGAGUAUUACAGCGGGGAGGAGUUUUAUGAAGAUGACAGUAUGCUGUCAGGGGACAGGUACCAGAACAGUGACACAGAGUAUGAGACUCCCAAAGGCUAUCAUCACCCUGACAGUUGCUAUGACGAUGAUGAGCAGCCUCUCUACCGCGACUCCAGGAGGUCACCAAAAAGACGCUUGCUUCCUGCUACACCGCAAGGAUUGCCAGGUCACAGGAGGCCGUCUUUCAACUUUGAGUGUCUGCGCAGGCAGAGUAGUCAGGAUGAGCUUCCACAUCAGCGCACUGCCCUACCACUGCACCUUAUGCAGCACCAGGUCAUGGCUGUAGCAGGCCUGGACUCCAGCAGAGCCCACCGCCUCUCCCCGACACGCUCCACUCGUUCCUGGGCCACACCCCCCGCAACCCCGGCCAGUAAAGACCAGUCUCCGUAUUACACCCCCCUCAUCCGCGUGGACCGCGCUCACAGGGAGAGCAUUGCCAGCAGCCACGUGUCGGUGCGUAAGAGCUCCUGGUACACGGACGACCCAGACUUCUCGCAGAGGACAUACUCGCCCAUUCACCUGCAAGUGCCGCCCGACUACCACAACCAGUACCACCAGAAGAGAGGCAGCGCCACUAGCCUAGUAGAAGCGGUUUUGAUAUCAGAAGGCCUCGGGAGGUACGCCAAGGAUCCCAAGUUUGUUGCCGCCACCAAGCACGAGAUAGCAGAUGCCUGUGAGAUGACCAUCGACGAGAUGGAGAGCGCGGCCAGCCACCUGCUGAACGGCGGCAUGGCGCCGGUUAUCAACGGGGUCAACGUGUUUCCUCUCCUGACUCCGGGGGGCUACGAGCCGCAGGACCCGGCAGCAAGCUACAGCGACGAAGAGCCCGAGACGGAACCCAGGGCUCCCUAUGAGGAGGACCUGGCAGACGAGAUGAUUUGCAUUACAACUUUAUAGCAGGAGACGACCCAAUCAGUGGAAAUACAAGACAUGUUGUAUUCUUAGGCUCUGACCAAAAGAAGUGCCUUCAACACUGAGGAGAAAAGGCAUGGAGAAGAAGAGAGACACGCCCGUCGUGUGAUUUUUGCAAAAAGAAAAGUUCUCUUCCUGCCAGCAAAGGACAUCACAGCACGGAGCCCUGCGGAGCACCGAGGGAGCCGACCUGACCUUCCUGUCAAAGGGCUUGGCCUGGGGGUCCGGGCAGAGAGCAGCAAGCGUGGAGGGCGCGUGGAGGACGCUCUUGAGGGCUGCUCGGUUAGGGUGAUGACAAUCAGAUGUACGAUGUCAUUACCUCAGUCACUUUAUUAAGGUUUGGCAUAUCAUGCAAGUUUUCAAUGCAAACAUACAAAGGCAUACCCCACCCCACCCCACCCCC